AUGGGUUGUUGUUAUUCAAGAUUAGAAAGAGAAGAAAUGGUUUCAAGGUGCAAAGCAAGAAAGAGGUACAUGAAACAGUUGGUUAAUGCUAGACAAGCUGUCUCUGUUUCUCAUACAAUGUACCUUCGCUCACUGCGUAGUACUGGAUCAGCUCUCCUCCAGUUCUCCAACACAGAAGCUAACCUCCACCUCCACCACCACCACCACCAGCGCCACCAUCUCCCAUCUGUUUUACCAUCAUCGCCACUUUUACCUCCCACACCUCCACCUCCUCCUCCACCAAUGAGUCCUAGCUCCGACACAUGGACAUCGAUAACAGCUUCUCCACUACCCCCUCCUCCGCCACCACCGCCGCCUCCACCACCUCAAUCAUCGAGCUGGGACUUCUGGGAUCCUUUUGGUCCGCCACCUCCUUCAGCUUCACGGUCCGUUACUGAAGAGGAAUGGGAAGAGGUGACAACAACUACAGCGUCUGAAGUGGCGGUUACAGCUACAGGAACGGCGGCCAGCAUUACAGCGCCGCCUUCAGUUAUGAGUGGGUUUUCGAAGGAGACUCGUAGUGGAAGUGGGAGUGAGCUUGCUAUGGUGGUUUCAAGGAAUAGUAAGGAUCUUGUAGAAAUUGUAAAAGAAGUUGAUGAGUAUUUUCUCAAGGCUGCUGAUGCUGGUAGUCAACUUUCGUUGCUGCUAGAAGUUCCCAAUCCUAACUUUUCGAAAGGAGGUAAAGUUUAUGAUCAUGGCUGCAAUUUGACUAAUCCAUCAUUAUGGGCAUGGGGUUCAAGUCCAAAAAUGAAUGGAUUUGGUACAAUGUGUAAUGAAAUGGUGGCAAAUAAUGUAGGAAUUAGCCAUUGCUCGACUGUAGAGAGGAUAUAUGCUUGGGAGAAGAAGCUAUUCCAGGAGGUCAAGAAUGCUGAGAGUAUAAAGAUUGAGCAUGAGAAGAAAGUGGCAUUACUGAGGAAAUUAGAGGUAAAGAGGGCUGAUUAUGUAAAAACAGAAAAGACAAAGAAAGAAGUGGAGAAAUUAGAAUCACAAAUGAUGGUAGCUGCACAGGCCAUUGAGACUACUUCUGCUGAAAUCAUCAAAUUAAGAGAGACAGAGCUUUACCCUCAACUUCUUGAGCUUGUAAAAGGAUUGAUGUGCAUGUGGAGAAGCAUGUAUGAAGCUCACCAGGUCCAAACACAUAUAGUUCAGCAGCUCAAAUACCUCAACACUAUCCCAUCUACUGAGCCAACAUCGGAGAUUCACAGGCAAUCGACUCUCCAGCUUGAACUCGAAGUUCAGCAAUGGCACCAAUCUUUCUGCAACCUAGUCAAGUCCCAGAGGGAUUAUAUUCAGUCCCUCACCGGCUGGCUUCGGCUUAGUCUUUUUCAGUUCAGCAAAAACCCUCUUUCUCGAACCAAUCAAGAAUCUCGAAUUUACUCUAUCUGUGAAGAGUGGCAUCAUGCAGUUGAUCGAAUUCCAGAUAAAGUUGCAUCUGAAGGAAUUAAGAGCUUCUUAACAGUAAUUCAUGCUAUAGUAGUUCAACAAGCAGAAGAGCACAAGCAAAAGAAGAAAUCAGAAUCAGCAUUCAAGGAGUUUGAGAAGAAAGUAUCAGAGCUUAGAUCACUGGAGAUCAAGUAUGGUCCAUAUUCGGUGCCUGAAACUUCUAGUAGUACAAGAAGCAAGGACCCAGUAGCAGAAAAGCGAGCUAAAGUCGAGAUCUUGAGAGCAAAGGCAGAGGAAGAGAAAACUAAGCAUGAAAAAUCAGUAAGCAUUACAAGAGCGAUGACACUAAAUAAUCUGCAAAUGGGAUUCCCACACGUCUUUCAGGCAAUAGUAGGGUUUUCAAGUGUAUGCAUGCAGGCAUUUGAGUCCGUAUACAACCAAGCAAAAAAUGCUGAUCAGGAAAAUGAGGUCAAGAGGUUAUUACCUUAAGAAGAGAUCUGGAUUUAGCCUGAGUAUUUGAAAUCACAACUCUGUAUAUAGAUAGGCAUCCGGUUCUGUAGCUAGAUAAAACCAUGGAGAAGUGUUGCAGGAACCUCCUAGGUUCUAUUUAUUGGAAAAAGUUAUGUCAGUAUCAGUUGAAAUGGUUGACAACUAGAUGAGCACAUGAAGCGAGAACUCAGGUAGUAGGAUCAGAUGGAGUAUGAGCUUGGUGUUGCCAUGGAGCUUGAAAUUUUGCAUUGAGGGGUUUAUAAUAGCAGCUUUGUUCUGUUAUAGGAAAGUUGUGAAUGGUUUUGAAUUUUCUGUAUUGCUUUAAAAGGAUGAAGUUACUGUCUUUGUGGGAAUAUUGAAAGGAUGGGUUGCUAAUUGAAUGUGGAUUGUUUUGAUUGUGAUCAAGUUGAGAAAAUACCCACUUAGCCUCUAAAAUAUGUUAGGAAAAAGCGAAAGGAAAAUCAGAAUGGAAAUUUUCCAUGUUCAUUGUAUGGUUUGUAUAGUUGUCUUAACCCUAAUAAACAGACUAUUUUAAUUUUGCUUGAA